UUGAAGGUAGAUCCGACCGAAUGCAAAAUUCUGCUGACAGAUCCACCUCUCAAUCCAUCGAAAAAUCGUGAAAAGAUGGUAGAAACUAUGUUUGAGAAGUACAACUUUGCUGGGGUCUUCAUCCAAAUUCAAGCUGUUCUAACACUGUAUGCUCAAGGUUUGUUGACUGGGCUAGUCAUAGACUCUGGUGAUGGAGUUACGCAUGUUGUUCCUGUUGUUGAUGGAUACUCAUUCCCUCACCUCACAAAAAGAAUGAAUGUUGCAGGGCGCCAUAUAACAUCUUAUCUGGUUGAUCUGCUACUUCGAAGAGGGUAUGCAAUGAAUAAGAGUGCUGAUUUUGAGACCGUCAGGGAUAUUAAAGAAAAGCUGUGCUACAUUAGUUACGAUUACAAGAGAGAAUAUCAGUUGGGGCUUGAGACUACUAUUCUUGUUAAGAAUUAUACUCUUCCAGAUGGGAGGGUACUUAAAGUUGGCACAGAAAGGUUCCAGGCACCUGAGGCUCUUUUUACUCCAGAUCUUAUUGAUGUUGAAGGUGAUGGCAUGGCUGACAUGGUAUUUCGUUGCAUCCAGGAGAUGGAUAUUGAUAACAGGAUGAUGCUCUACCAACAUAUUGUUUUGAGUGGCGGAAGUACUAUGUAUCCUGGCUUACCUAGUCGCCUUGAGAAAGAAAUUUUGGACCGCUAUCUUGAUGUUGUUUUGAAGGGGAACAAAGAUGGUUUGAAGAAAUUGCGUUUACGAAUAGAAGAUCCACCAAGAAGAAAGCAUAUGGUGUAUCUUGGAGGUGCGGUUCUGGCAGGAAUUAUGAAGGAUGCCCCUGAGUUUUGGAUCAAUAGACAAGAUUAUUUAGAAGAGGGAGUUGCUUGCUUAAGCAAGUGUGGCCAGGCGUGAUUUUUACAUGUCCAUCACUUGUUUAAGCUUUUGCUAUCUUUACAAAGAAAAGCUUGGAAUUUACAGAUCAAGGCAUGCUGAAAAUUGGUUGACGUAUCAUGGUCGCAAUGACUGGCAUUCAAUGAAGAAGCUCUUAUACUGUAUUUACCUCCAAAAUUCUCUAAAGUUAACCGGAAAAAUGUCAUAUUUGAAUUUUUUUUUACUGCAUCUGCAGUUUAUCUGAGUUGAGCGGGGGAUUCUUUAAGGCUUAAAUUUGUACAGUCGAUAUUGAAAUAAAAGAUUGCUAAUUGGAACCACUUUUGAUUCCCUGCUGA